CGCCCGGCCCGGUGCGUGCGCCGCCCGCCGCCCGCGUCCCCGCCGCCGGCCCGCCGCGCUCCAUGGCUGCGCCCGAGUGGGACUGGUUCCAGCGCGAGGAGCUCAUCGGCCACAUCAGCGACAUCCGCGUGCAGAACCUGCAAGUGGAACGGGAGAACGUGCAGAAGAGGACCUUCACGCGCUGGAUCAACCUCCAUCUGGAGAAGUGCGACCCGCCCCUGGAAGUGAAAGACUUGUUCGUCGAUAUCCAGGAUGGCAAGAUCCUCAUGGCCCUGCUAGAAGUGCUGUCGGGACGCGGCCUGCUGCACGAGUACAAACCCUCCUCCCACCGCAUCUUCCGCCUGAACAACAUCGCCAAGGCGCUUCAGUUCCUGGAGGAGAGCAGCGUAAAACUGGUCAGCAUCGAUGCGGCGGAAAUCGCAGACGGCAACCCCUCCUUGGUUCUCGGGCUGAUAUGGAACAUCAUCGUCUUCUUCCAGAUUAAAGAGCUCACGGGCAACCUCAGCAGAAACUCGCCCCCUUCCAGCCUAUCACCCGGUUCAGGGGGCACCGACUCGGACUCCUCCUUCCCUCCCACCCCCACGGCUGAGAGUGCGGGCCUGUCCGUGAAAGACCAGAGGAAGGCCAUCAGGACGCUGCUGGCGUGGGUGCAGCGGAAGACGAGGAAGUACGGCGUGGCCGUGCAGGACUUCACGGGCAGCUGGAGGAGCGGGCUGGCCUUCCUGGCCGUGAUCAAGGCCAUCGACCCCAGCCUGGUGGACAUGAAGCAGGCCCUGGAUUUGCCGAUGCGGGAGAACCUGGAGAAGGCCUUCAGCGUGGCGCACGAUGCGUUGCACAUCCCGCGGCUCCUGGAGCCCGAAGACAUCAUGGUGGAUACGCCAGAUGAGCAGUCUAUCGUGACGUACGUGGCACAGUUUCUCGAGCGUUUCCCGGAGGUAGAGCCGGACGAGGCUGUGGAUUCGGACAGGGAAGCCCCCAUCGAGUCCACGUUCGUCCGCAUCAAAGAGGCCAGGGCUGAGCAGGAGAGCAAAGUCUUGCUCCUGUCCGAAAACGGGGAGCCGACCCGCCUGGUGAACCACGAGACCGUGCACCCGCGCCCCUCCAGGGUCUUCGUCCCCGACAAGUCGGCCAGCGUGGAGGAGAGCUCCCCGCCGGACAGCAGCGACAGUGACAUGCUCAUGGCUGACAGCCCCCCUGAGAUCGUGGACCAGGUCCUCUGCCAGGUCCUCUCGGGAGUGGUGGGGAAGGACAGCAGCAGCGGCGGCAGCAGCAGCAGCGAGCCCCUUCCGGAAUCUUCCAUCCUGUCCUGCAGGAAGGAGAACCGGAGGUCCAGCUCUUUGCCCAUUAGGAAGACGGUCCACUUCGAGGCCGACUUCUACAAGGACACCUCGUGCAGCCAGGACACGCUCUACAGCCAGAACCUGAGCUUCGAAGGGAGCCCCCCAGAGGCCCGAAAGCCGUCGCCAGGCUGGCCCCAGGAUGCCCCCGGGCUGGCCGCUGGACUGAUAGAGGAUGAGAGGAGGCCCAAACCAGAAGUCGCCUCCGACGUUACCCCCGUUACCCCAAGGGCCGGGUCUCCAGUGGCCAACAUGGACAGGCUUGCUCAGGGCUCCCCGAGUCCGCCCUCCUGGAACGGCACAGCCAGCCCGGGGGAAGAGGGUGGCUCAUGCUCGCCUGCCCGGGACAGCCCCAUUCUGGCCUCCACCCUGGAGCUCAAGGUCCCACUGCUGACCACGCAGGCCCUGACGGAGGAGGACGGCUUCGAGGGCAUCCCCUUGAAAGCCUCCAGAUUCAACAGUGACCUGGUCGACUAUGCCUGCACCAGCCAGCAGGCCUUCGGAGACGAGCCUGCACCCCUGCACCAGGACAGGGGCGCCGCAGAGAGGGAGGAGGAGGAGGAAGAGGGGAUGGAGGAGGAGGAGGAGGAGGAGGAACCUGCAGAGAAGCCAGGCAAGAGGAGCUUCAAGACCGCACACAAGACACCCGACCCAGAGGAGCCGGCGCCCGAGGCCAGGAAGGCCGAGGUGUUCGAGAAGGCCAAGUGCAAGUCCCCGGGCCGCCGGCGCCGCAGCCUGGAGGACGGCAGCCCCCCGGAACCCCACCCGCCUAGCGUCAGCGCCAGCCUGGAGACGCUGCAGAGCCAUAGCCAGGACGGCCUGGACUUGAAGCGCUCCCCGCCCCUGUCCAAGAUCUCCGUCAUCCCCCACGAUCUCUUCUACUACCCGCACUACGAGGUGCCCCUGUCGGCCGUGCUGGAGGCCUACGCCGAAGGCGCCGAGGACAUGAGGAACGAGGAGGAGGAGGAGGCGGAGAUGGAGGAGGAGGAGGAAGGGCUGGAGGAGCUGGAGGCCUGUGUGCAGGGCCGCGGGGUGCAGGAUGAGGACCAAACCCCCGACAGCGACCAGGAACCCAGCCUGGAGGGGGAGUCGGAUGACUAUGACGACGAGUCACCCAUCCCAGUGCUCACGCCCCCGACACCCCCGGCUGCCCAGCCCCCCAGCAAGGUCCCCGAGAGCACCCCUGUGGAGACGCAGCAGGAACCCUCCGACUCGGAGAAGGCGGCAAAGCCAGCAGAAGCGAAGGUCACCGAAGAAUCAACCAGCACGAAGAAAAAGGAGAAGAGGAAGCACGUAGGCUGCGUGGACAGUGCACUGUUCACGGCGCCCCAAUCUGGGCGAUCCUCCGAGGACCUGGAGGAGGAGGAGGAGGAGGAGGCCAACGAAUACAGAGUCCAGUCCAGGACCAGCCACAGUGAUUCCAGCAUUUACAUUCGACGACAUACUAAUAGGUCUUUGGAAUCGGACCAUUUUAGCUAUGUUCAAUUGAGGAACGCAGCUGAUGUGGAUGACAGAAGAAACCGAAUGUUAAACAGGAAGGCCACCAGCUCGGGAGAAACCAUGACGCAGGAGGGCCAGGCCGCGCGGAGCGACUCGCUGACGCAGCUGGUGCAGCAGCCCGACAUGAUGUACUUCAUCCUCUUCCUCUGGCUGCUGGUGUACUGCCUGUUGCUCUUCCCGCAGCUGGACGUCAACAGGCUCUGAGCGCGACCUGGCAAUAAAGACAUUGGGGCCCGCCCGGGGCCCGCCCCGCUCCCUCCCUUGGGCCCUGGGUC